AACGCUGCGGCAACGCUGAGCGGUAAAAAACUCGAUUUGACAGUGUGUUAAGAAGUAAAGUUAGCUGCAGAAAACAAAUGCUUGUAAAAAUGGAUAAUUUUGAGAAAAUAAUAGAAAUUGUAGAAAUCAACCCUUGUCUCUAUGAUAAAAGAGAUGAAAAAUAUAAAGACUUUAAGCAUAAAGAGCGGGUUUGGAUGGAAAUCGCCAAUCAAGUAAAUCUUUCGGCAAGAGAGUGUAAGGUAAAGUGGAAGAGUCUGCGCGACAAAUAUAGAAAGAUGAAACUUUCCGAAGAUCAACCGUCCGGUUCAGGACACACUUGGAAGUAUAUGGAGAGUCUAGAGUUUUUGACAGAAACAAUGGAUCCUAUCAGUACAACCACUAACGCCAAAAUGGACACAUCAGAACUGUUAGUAGAUGAUCAGAUAUUCCGCACCACACCAAAACAAAAACGUUGUAACGAUGAUCUCUUCAAUGAUGUUCUAAAAGCAAUGAAGAGGAAAUAUGAAGGACCACAAUCUUCAAACAAUAACAAAUAUGAACAUUUCUUCGGUAUGCUUGGGAACAAAUUGGAUAAACUAACAGAAAGUGAAGUUGAUGAAGUGGAAAUUGAAAUUUUAAACUUAGUUAACAAAAAAAUUAAUGCAUCCAGAAAAACAUCGAAAGGUAUUUAUCGAUGAAUUCAAUUUAAUAUUUCAACUUCUUUUUCUGUUUAGCCAAUUUGUUCGUACUACUAGCUAGGAUAUUAAAACUUUAUAUUUUAAAUUUAAGUUACUUUAAAACAAAAAUAUCUAAAAGACAGGAGAAUAAAUCGUUUUCUUAUUGAUAUUUAUUUAAAUAUACAUGUUUCUAUUUAUGAAGAAUUUAAAUAUUCAGAGAGUGCAUUUCUAAAACUUAAAGCUGUUUGAUUCGAUGUAAUGUAAUUUAGCAGUUAGUAAAUCAUGUCAUUUGCACUCAUCAUAUGUGACCUGGUCUACGAAAAGGGAGCUAACGUGCGAAACAAGUUAUGACUUUUUGGAUUCUAU